AUGCCGCUUUUAUUUAGCGUAGUUGCUCGGGGCACGGUUGUUCUGGCUAAAUACGCAACUUGUGCCGGCAAUUUUACAGAAGUCACAGAACAGAUACUCUCAAAAAUUCCACCCCAUGAUGAUAAACUUACUUAUUCGCAUGGAAACUAUUUGUUUCAUUAUAUUGCAGAGAACAAGUUGGUGUAUUUUUGCAUUACGGACGAUAAAUUUCAACGUUCGAGGGCAUUUCUAUUCCUUAAUGAAAUUAAAAGACGAUUUACUACAGCAUUUGGUGACACCGCUCAAACUGCAAUACCUUAUGCCAUGAAUAGUGAGUUUGCCAGGGUUCUUGCUACAGAAAUGAAACACUACAGUGAAUCAAAAGACUUGGACACUAUAUCCCGAGUGCAUGGCGAGCUUGAUGAGCUUAAAAACAUAAUGGUUAAAAAUAUUGACAACAUGGCUAUGCGUGGAGAAAAAUUAGAAUUGCUAGUUAACAAGGCAGACAAUUUAGCUACAAGUUCUGUGUCUUAUCGUGCGUCGGCGAGGACCCUGCAACGUUCUUUAUUUUGGAAGAAUAUCAAAAUGAAGCGAAUUCCCCGUCAAGCGAGUCGUGCAAUGUCAAUGCCACCCUCUCCAAAUAUCGGUUUGGUCCAAUACCGGGAACGUGUGGUUGAUCCCGGCCGGGAGGGUUGCUCCCCUCCCGGCCGCUCGCCGCCGCCUCCCGGCAAUCGCGCGCCAACCGUUGCCGCGAGAGGGCGCCGCGGUCGUGUCCGCGCUGUCACGAACACGUGCUCGAUCCACUACGAGACCGUUGUGUGGGUGAACGUUGAAUUGUCGGUACGCGUACGAUGCGGCUACGCUGUGCGUGCA